AAGGUCGUUUAUUGAGUUUAAAAACUGAUUUCAGCCCUAUAUCAAAGGUCGUUAACGCAAUAAUAAUUUGUUUAGUACAUUUGAGUAUGAAGAAAUUGAACAAAAGCAUAUCCAUAGAGAAAAGGAAAAAACGAAUUAAAGUAAAAAAUAAAAGCAAAUUGCAACAGCACAUAUUGAAACUAUUGGGAGACCAUAAACUGAUUCGCUCCGUUAAUUUUUGCAAAUUUCAUAAGUUAAACACUCUUAAUCCAUUCAUUUUCAAGCUGGCUUCCAACAAAUCGCUUGCAUUAAAUUUGUAGUACGUGGUCGCUUCUCAGUGAAGUAAAACUUGUCUAGCGACUAUUUUUGACCCACUGAAACUUAUUCCGCUCUUGGCACGUCAGUGCGUAACUUGCCGGAUUCGGAUUUAAAGCUUAAUAGAGAAUGUACGUAUGUAUAGUUUCCGUGAUAUGAUAGUGCAAUUAAACAAGUAUAGUUUGCUUGACUUAUUUUAUAUCAAACCUAACUAGAAACGCCUUAUUACUUCGCAACAAUAAACUGCCGAUACAAUGGCUUCUAUAGAGGAGCGUUUUCAAGCCGCCGUCAAUGUGAUCAAAGGGUUGCCCAAAAAUGGCCCAUAUCAGCCUAGCACCGCCAUGAUGCUCAAAUUUUACGGUUACUAUAAGCAAGCAACAGAAGGUCCGUGUCAUCAAAAGCGUCCUGGUUUUUGGGAUGUUGUUGGCAAAGCGAAAUGGGAUGCCUGGAAUGAUAAUCGACACUUAGAGAAACAUCAAGCAAUGGAACGUUAUGUGAAUAAUUUGCGUGAAAUAAUUGAAACGAUGUCAUUUACCGAAAACGUACAAAACUUUGUUGGUAGUAUUAGUGGCUUGGACAAUAUAAAUUUAGAGGAACUAGAUAAAGUUGCACCGGGUAUGCGGGAACUUGCAGAAUCGCACCCAAAUUCACCAUUCAAUUCGAGAACGAAUAGUCCACAACAUGGUGUGAGUUUGAAUGGUAGCAGUGGUGAAGAAGAUGAGCUUCCUACUAAUUCUGCGAUAAACGGUUCCGUCUCACGCCAUAAUCAUCUCACUGAUAAUAAUUUAACAAAUGGCACAACUGAACGCGAUGGCAUUAACGCCCCACAAACAAAUUCUACAGUUUCUGCAAUACCAGAAAUACCUGUGACACACUCCACCUAUGCUAUGUCUAACGGCACUGUGGAUCAGUCUGAUGAUGAAUAUGGUGAUCCGGUGAAUAUGAAUAUAGAUAUUACUGAAGCAAUGCAGCACAAUUCUGAAAUGCUUAAGCAAAUUCAAGCCACAGUGCUGCGCAUGAAUGCAGAUUUAGUAGCAGUAAAUCAACGCAUGAAUAGCUUGGAAAAAUUGUUGAAUGAUAUGCGUACAACUGCAGCGCAGAAAGCUACAAAUCAAAACAGAGCCCGUGGAUACCCGAAAUGGUGGCCGUUUGCUGAUAUUUCACCGCUUUGGUUUACGUUACUAGUGUUAUGGCCUUUCGUGAUUGGAAGGUUAUCGCGAGCAGUGACAGUUCCACGUCGAAAGUAAAAGCAUGCGAAAUCGCAAAGUAAAAGAUGUCACAGUAGGAAUAUUACAAAUGUACAUUGGCGUUACUGGAUGAAGGUUAACAUUUGUUGGUAAAUAACGAUCUGAUACUUUCACAGCUUUACUUUAUUUACUUUUACUCUUGCGCAAAAUAAACUACAGAAUAGAUACUUUAUAUGCGAAUUUAAACAUGCGCAAAAAACAUAAGUAAUACGAAAGUGAAACAGCGGUAUAUAAAACUGGGAUCAGGUUUUGUGAUGCAUUGUAUUGUAACAUUUAUUUUUACAAGUAUAUGUUUAUAUUUUGUAUUUUUGCAUCUUAUUCUAUUUUUUUUAUGUAGAUCCAUAUGUACCUUUAUUCAACAUUCCCUAGUGAAAUAGGUAGUGCUCAAAACUAUCGAAAAUAAUCUUUAAUAUAAGCACACUGAAAAUGUAA